AUGGCGAACUGCAAUUGCGAAUGUGCUGCUGUCAGUCUUGAAACGGUCAAUUUUGAACCACCCAGUGAUGAAAGUUCGGAGACAAACGAGAAGCAGGAUGAUGAAAGUCGCAAACGUAAACGUCGUAAGAAGCGAAUGUUGACUGGUGUAAGCAGACAACGUCGCGCUGCAAAUGCUCGAGAGAGACGCCGCAUUCAGGGAGUAAACCGUGCUUUUGUACAACUCAAAAAUACUUUGCCACUUGCUCAAAUUGAUAUAUCAAAAUUUGAGAUUUUACAUUUGGCAGUGAAGUGGAUUGAUCACCUGCGGACAUUACUUAAAGAUCAUGAGGAAAGGAAAGAAUUGUUGAACACAAAACAAUUGGAAACAUCACGACCAAACGAGUUUGUAAGUUUGGAUGAGAACAUGACUCCGGUGAAACACGACUGUCUUUAUCAUCAGUUCCCGGAUUUGAAAAAUACACUUUGGGAGGAAUGCAUUGGUUUACAUG